AUGGCUGCGCACAUAAAGAUGAAUGUACAGUCGUUUCCCCGGCCGCCCUUGCUGGAAAAGGUAUCUCGGCGUUUGCAGAUCCUCUGGAACGGCCAAGUGAUAGCAGACACCAGAGAUGCCUACAUGGUGCUAGAAACUCAUCAUCCGCCUACGUAUUAUUUUCCGCCGGCUUCGGUCAGAGUUCCAUUGGAACGGAUGCCUAGAACCACGUUCUGUGAGUGGAAAGGUGCCGCAACCUACUACUCCAUCACGGCGCCAGGAUCAUUAUCUACCGGGAAGCCAGAGAUCGUGCUCAACCGUAUCUGGUCAUACGAGUCUCCGACGCCAACUUUUGAAGCGAUCAAGGGACAUUUUUCGUUCUACGCUGAUCCGUGGGAUUGCUUCGUCGAUGGCGAAGCCGUUCAGCCUCAGCCAGGCGACUUUUAUGGUGGAUGGGUGACUUCGGAGAUCGAAGGUAUUGUCAAGGGAACUCAUGGCAACUGGGAUCCUGUCGUGUGA